AGCUGUAUAUCAAUAAGGAGGCGGGGCAACGGCACAGGCGCCCAGGGGGGAAGGAGCAGGUGUCAUCCAAGGAUUGGGAGGUGGUCCCAGCAUGCGCGCAGCACCCGCCUUCCCUCAUGGAGACACACCUUCCCUUCCGCCUCUCCUCCGCCCCAGCCCGGGCAGCCGCCCCUCUCCCUAGCCUCGCCGUGGCAGUGCCAGCCGCCCCUCUGCCUAGCCCCGGGCAAUGACAACCUGUAACUAGCCCCCAGCCUGGAGCAGUGACCGCCUGUAACCCCUCCCCCCCCGGAGCAGUGACAUCUCCUCACCCCACCCCAGGGGCAGUGACAGCCGCUCUCACAUACACACCCAGGCCGGGACAGUGACAGCCUCUCCUCACCCGCCCCAGCUUGGGGCAGUGACCGCCUACCCCGCCGGAGCAGUGACGACCUCUCCUCCCUACCCACCCCGUAGCAGUGACAGCCGCCCCUCGUCCCAAGCCGGGACAAUGACAACCUGUAACUCGCCCCCUGCCUGGGAACCGCCUGUAAUCACCUCCCCUGUGACAACCUGUAACCCGCCCCGCCCUCCCCCAGCUUCUCCUCUCCCCACCUCCCCCAGCCCGGAGCAGUGACAGCCUGUAACCGCCCUCCAGCUCGGGACAGUGACAACCAGUAACUCUUCCCCCACCCGUCUAGGGAAACGGUAGCUGUCACCCCCAUAGCCAAGCCCGGGGCCGGAGCAGUGUCCCCGCACAGUCCCCCGUCUAAGGAGAGGGCGCCCCCAGUGUAGCUGCCGACAGGCAGGUGCCCUAGGCAAACCCUGAACCCCGUCCGUGCGCUCUUGCCCCACGGCGGGGCUAGGCAGGGUGGAGCAGCGGGCGGGGCUCCGCCCGGGCGGACUUGGAGGCCUGCGGCAGCCCCUGCUAUCCAAACUGUCCCCGUGUGGCUCUCUAUGGUUCUCCGGAAGCGCACGCUCCUCCUACCCGUGCCUAUCUCUUCGGGAGUGGUAACGGUUGUGGUGCGUGCCGCCGUGGCCAUGGCGUGCAGACGCGGGGCGCUGGUGGUGCUGGAGGGGGUGGAUCGGACCGGGAAGACCACGCAGAGCCGGAGGCUGGUGGAAGCGCUCCGGGCAUGUGGGCACCUCGCCGAGCUCCUGCGAUUCCCGGACAGAACAACAGAAAUUGGGCAGCUAAUUGGCUCCUACUUGGAGAACAAGAGCAAUUUGGAAGACCACACAGUGCAUCUGCUUUUCUCUGCUAAUCGCUGGGAACAAGUGCCGUUGAUUAAAGAGAAGUUAAAUCAAGGCAUCACUCUAGUGGUGGACAGAUAUGCCUUUUCCGGGGUGGCCUUCACAAGUGCCAAAGAGAAUUUCUCCUUGGAUUGGUGCAAACAGCCUGAUGUAGGGCUUCCAAGGCCAGAUUUGAUCCUAUUUCUUCAGUUGAGCACGUCGGAGGCGGCAAAACGAGGGGACUUUGGAAAUGAACGCUAUGAGAACAGGUCCUUCCAGGAGAAAGUUCUACAGAAUUACUACCAUCUGAUAAAGGACAAGACUUUAAACUGGAAGGGGCACAAGGGUCACGUGAUUUGAAGCUGUCAGACUGGUGAGUGAGGGACCUGUUGCUCCAAUUCAAUGAAAGCUGCCAUGGAAAGAAGCUGCACACUACAGGACACAGUGUGCUCAGGGAAUCGAAAGCCUCAGAGCACGCAACAUUUUAUUUGAAUACAGUCACUAUGCACACCCAGGAUGAGAGCUCCAAGGCCCCACUCCCGCAACUGGAUCUGUGAACACAGUUCCCUGUGUCGGCAUGGAGCCCUCACUGAGCUUCCCGAAGAUACAGGGGUUCACCCAGUUGCACAACUGGAACCUCAGACUGCACACUCAACAGAUGUCAGUCAGAUACACAAGCACAUCUGUUGCUUAUUAAAAAAGAAAACACAGGUAAUCAAAUAUGAGACGCGACAUCCAUUCAACAGCAUAGUCAAGAAUUUACAUGUAAAAGAGUCAAGAGUCAAAGUUAUGAUUCCUAGUGAGUAUAAUUACGACACACUGUACAUUAUAAUGGAAUUGCUAGUGCUCCAGGUAUAUUUAAGGUUACCAGAGCAUUUUCACUAUAAACCCCAUUUUCAGGUGAUCAUAACUUUCCAAAAGUUCCACCCAUUGGGCUGAAAUUCUCCAGACCUGGUUUACACCAAAGGCAAAUAUCUAGACACAUUUGAACAAAACAGUUCUGCUAUUUUUGAGUAUGAGAAGAGUGGGAAAACAUACAUGAAUGUAUUUUCUCGAUUCUGGUUUUGCUUUGUUUUGGGGUUUUUUGGUAAUUGUGUCCUUGAAAGCUUUAGAGUCAAAAUGGCUGGAAAUAAUAGGUGGAAAUUAGGCAGGCAAAAAGUCUUUUGGACGUUCGCCUGAAAGUCAGUUGGGAUUUGUCAGAGUUAUUGAGGUUUUGCACCUCAAGUUUUGAAUGUAUAUAUUAACAAUAAUCUACAAGCAUUCAGAAAGGGAGAUAAGUUGCAAUGGAUACAUGUGUGCAGAUAACAGGUGCACAUUGAAUAGGUGGGCCCACUUUCAUUCAGUGAUUAUUUAUUGCCUAUGCAGCUAAGGGGACCAAAUGUGCCCACUACAAAGCUUUCAACUACGCAAAGCACACACUCAAGAAGGCAGAACUGUCUUGUCUCAUGAAUCCAGGCACGUUGUGAACUAAGCAAGGCUGUACAGAACCUUGCCUUAGUGAGAGCACAUCUUGCACAGGACAUACCAUAGCAUUCCAGCAGCAUCCCCCCCAAAGAAUCACUGAUUAUGGAAUUUCUUUUCCCUUUUAACUUGACCUAGAACAAGCCAUUAAAAAAUUACAUUGAGAUAGUUAGGGUUGCACAGUUCAGCACUCAAGUGAGGAAAUACUAAUACAUUAAGACUGAACACAACCUACAACUGUUCCCUUUUGCACAGGCAUUUAAGACUAAUUAUAUUACCUGCUUCCUCUCAUAAUACCAGGCAUCUCUUACAGUCUUGUAUGGUGUGCAGUGAAUGAGCCCUUAUCUGUCUGUGUGCAUCUUGUAUAUAAAUGACUUAGCACCAGUUUAUCUGGCAUAAACUGGUAGGAGAUCCUACACGUGAAUGCAUGUAAGGUUGUAAAACAA